UUCGUAACAGUUGGCAGCAUGUAGGGUACCAGAAAUGUUUUUAUCGUGCGUUUCGAUUGUUUGCAUUCAGUCAAAUUUCUUGUGCUCCGGGAUAUUGAUGUAUAUGGAGAAUUAUGAAUCUUUUGCCAAAAACUCAUGAAGAUUUUGGGGAAAAGGAAUAUUGGAAUGCCUUCUUCAGGAAAAGAGGGUCAAAGGCGUUUGAAUGGUAUGGAGAGUAUCCAGAACUAUGUGGCCUUCUUCAUAAAUAUAUUAAACCAAAGGAUGUAAUUCUUAUGGUAGGAUGUGGGAAUUCGACACUAAGUGCUGAUUUAUAUGAUGUUGGAUAUAGAUGCAUAACAAACAUUGACAUAAGUCAUGUAGUAAUAAGACAAAUGCAAGAUGCCCAUGGAAAGGAUCGCCCCAACAUGGUCUAUCAACAGAUGGAUGCACUGAACAUGACUUUUAGUGAUUGUCAGUUCAGUGUAGUUCUUGACAAAGGAACAUUGGAUGCACUUAUGCCAGAUGAUUCUGAAGAUGUCAGAAGAAAAACUGACAAAUUCUUUAAUGAAAUUGAUCGUGUUCUUCGUGUAGGAGGCCGUUAUAUUUGCAUAUCCUUGCUUCAAGAACACAUCCUUGCAACAUUACUGGAAUUCUUCCCAACAGCAGGCUGGAUGUUCCGGGUGUGUCGAUGCAUUGAAGCUGAGCAAAAAUCACCUCAAAGUGGAGAUGGAGCAGGUUUACCAGUCUUUAUUAUUGUUUGCACCAAAUUCAGGAAACUUCCCAGUGUUCAACCUGUACUUGAGGUUUGCCUGGCUGGAGAGCAUAUUCAGAGAGUUGCUUCUUCAGCAGAAGUCAUGUCCAGUGUGAAAUCUCUUCAACAAUCUUCAAUGGUAUGUGCAAAACUAAAACGUGGAAGUGUGGCAGGAUGUGGUGAAAUCUUCCUUGAUCUCUUUCAUCCUGGUGAGACAACUCCACGCUACACAGUUCACGUACUAGAUCAGCCAUAUGCCAGGGAAUCUGGAAGACGGUUUGCAGCUUUCAUUGUACCACAGGGAAGGGAGACAGAAUGGCUCUUUGCAACUCCUGAAGGCCGCUCAACAUUGCUGAAAUCUGCAGGUUUUGAUCGACUGGCUGUAGUAACGUUACACAGGGACCAAAUAUAUAAAGGACUUGAUGCUGUUCAAGAGGAACUGACUGAUAGCAUCUUGCACUUAGCCCCACCUGGCCUUGACCAGAAUACUCAAAUUCCAUUCUUGUCUGUUGGAUCUGAUGUUGGAAGACGGGAAAUUUGUUACCGUGGACACAGUCAAAUAUCUGGAGAUUUCAUAGUGGAAGAGGUUGAAGGUGAUGGAAGGCAGUUGUUCCGAAGACUUAUUUUCUUGAAUAACCAAGGUGUUAUUCAGUCUGAGGCACGUUUGAAAUUAUUAAAAUCUAGGAAAGGAAAACCUAAAAAAGUAGUUGACACUGGGUACUUGGCUUGCGAGCAUCACACUUACAUGACAGUUGGUGUCGCUCUUGCUGCGCCAGAUGGAAUAGAAUGUAAUGUUGCAGUUAUUGGACUGGGGGGAGGAGGGUUAUGCACCUUCUUACAACAUUGCUUCCAGAAGGUACGGAUCACAGCUGUGGAUAUAGAUCCAGCCAUGCUUGAAGUUGCCACAGAAUAUUUUAAUUUGGUGCAAGAUGAAAGAUUGGAUGUGUAUAUUAGAGAUGGUGUCCAGUUCAUUCAACAGGCUGCAGAGAAAGGAACUUCAUUCCAUGCAGUUCUGUUUGAUGUGGACAGCAAAACUCCUGGAGAUGGUAUGAGUUGUCCACCGCCACAGUUCCUAGUACCCACGCUGUUACAAGAUGUAAAGAAAUGUGUAGGAGACAAAGGCUUGUUUAUCCUCAACUUGGUGUGCCGCAGUUCUAAACUCAGAGAAGAAGCAAUAAAGAAUCUCAAGGCUAUUUUCAAAUCAAUCAGUUCCUACAAAUUGGAACAGGAAGUAAAUGAGAUUAUCUUUUGCACUGAUGAUGAUAUUGAAGAGACACAAACAUGGAGAAGCAGCUUAGAAGCCGCUGCCAGGAGGGUAAAUGCACUUGCAAAGAAAAGAAAGCUACACACAGGAGAGCUGGUAGAUGUCACAAAUCUUAUCAGUUGUCUUAAAAUCACAGCAUGAUUUCUUGUAUCAUAAUUACAGUGUUAUAGUGUAAAUGAAUGUUGAAUGUGUGUGUGUUUACAGUACUUUUCAUGGAAUAAAGACAUAAAAUUUUUA